AUGUUGAAGAGUACGGAAGAGAAGCACGAGAAGAAAAAGCGAGCUGUUCUCUGGACUAAUCGAGAACGAGUUCUUGUGAUAUGUUCUAGAGGAGCUGAUGUCCGUACUAGACACCUCAUGAACGAUGUUAAGGUUCUACUUCCCCAUGCAAAGGGAGACUCAAAACUGGAUAAACAGAAAUCGUUAGUCGUCAUCAAUGAGAUUGCCGAGAUGAAGAAUUGUACGAAAGAUGUCUAUUUAUGGAUGAGCAAUAUUGAGAAAGGGCCAUCCAUUAAGUUUCUUGUGCAUAAUAUGCACACGAUGCUGGAAAUGAAAAUGUCGGGAAACUGUCUGAAGGCGUCCCGUCCUAUUCUAUCGUUUGACAGCAGGUUUGACGAGGAGCCUCACCUUACGCUUAUCAAGCAUGCUCUUAUACAGACAUUCAGCACUCCAAACCAUCAUCCUCGAAGCCAACCGUUCUUUGACCAUGUGUUUUCGUUCUCCGUCACACCCGACUUGAAAAUUUGGUUCAGAAAUUUCCAAAUCGUCGACGAAACACUCCAGUUACAGGAAAUUGGGCCACGUUUUGUGCUCGAAACUAUUAGAGUAUUCGCUGGAUCGUUCAGCGGUGCAGUGCUAUAUGAUAACCCAGAUUAUGAAAGUCCGAACGCUAAGAGAAGAGCAUUGAAACUGGCCAAUAGGGGGAAAUACAUAGAAAAACAAUUGAAGAAGAAGGUCGCGGAUUCGAAAGAUGUGCAAAUUAAGGAGGUGAUGUAUGUCAAAAUGGAGGAUCCCGUUGGGGAGGUAUUUGAAAUAAAGGAGGAACCAUUAACUGAAGAAGCGCAAAAGAUUGCUGCUAUAAUUCAUAAGAAAAGGCGAAAGAAGAAGAAAAUCUUUAAGAGACCAAAGUAUAAUGGUCCUAUAACUUCCUAG